AUGAUUAUUAAAGAAGAAAGUAAAAGCCCAGAUUUAAGUAAACCAUUCGCAAAUUUAUUUCAACAGAACCUUAUACAAUUGGGACAAGAAUCUCAUCAUGUUUCGCAAAAUGAUGGGACACGCUCAACUAAUAAUGACCGUUCGGAUAGUACCUAUGAAGAUAGAAUAGAUAAAUUUUGUACACAAUCAGAUGAAGCCUUUAGAACCUUCUUUGAAUCCUUCUGUGUGUCAUUGGAUGGUUCAGAUAAUGACACUACAACUACUGCGGCCUCUAAGAAUAAUUUUAAUAAUCUGAAUUUGCAUACAAGAGAUUAUAUUUCAAAUUAUGACGCUGGAAGUAUAGAUCAGAAAUUAAAUCUAGAUAUGGAUUUUGUACCAAAGAGUUUGGAUAUGGAUUUAGGUCUUGGUGGAUUUGAUUUUGAUUUUAAUUUAGUUAAUGAUUCAAAUAAUACUAAAAGUUCUUCUAAUUCAAAUAAUAAUAGUAACGAGACUCCAUUAACGACUAAUGUAUCUACCACAUGUAAUUCCAUAAAGAAUUAUAGUACAAAUAAUAAACAAGACGUCCCAUUGGUUUCUGAAUCAAUUGACAAUUUCCAAAGGUUGAUAUCAAUGGAAGAAAAAAAAUUAAAUUCAGCUACUGUUCUUACCCCUUCUAUUGUUACUUCCACGAGAAAUUCAAAUAAUAUGUUUAAUAGGAAUAAUAAUAGUAAUUUACCUAACCUUUUGGAGGGACCUUCUCCUACUAGUAAGGAAAAUAAUAAUGAUGAUGCUGGUACAAAUACCAAGAUAGAACUACCUUUAUCAAUUGCAGCUUCUGUCAACGAUAUCAGUUCAAAUAACAAUAGAAAAGUCGCUAAUAAUAAUAAUAAUAAUAAUAAUAAUUCAAUUUCUGGUAUCCUUCCAAAAGAAGAAGGCUCUCUUGUUGACUUCACCUUACCAAACUGGUCUGAUUUUGCAACUAAAUUAGAAGAAGGAAAUGGAAAGAAUACGCCAGUUAAGAAGGAAAAUUCAGACAAUAUUACAAAUAACUUUCCUAUAAAAAACAACAAUAAGAAUCACAACAGUAAUAACAAAAAAAUUACAGUCAAAGAAUUGAGAUCCAUAUCCCUUUCACCAAAAUCAACGUUUAGAGAAAGGUUCUCGGGGCCAAUUUCAAUACCAAUCCAACCUAUCAAUAGUAAUAGACCAAAACCAAGAGGAAGGAAACCUUCAAUUGUUCCAGAUGGUUCCAAACAAUUUUUAUGUACAAUUUGUAGUAGAAGGUUUAGAAGACAAGAACAUAUGAAAAGACAUAUCAGAACAAUUCAUUUCCAAGAAAGACCAUACACUUGCUAUGUUUGUGAAAAGACAUUUAGUAGAAGUGAUAAUUUAAAUCAACAUUUAAGGACUCAUACACGUAAUUAUGAAGUUAAGCAUCCACCUCUAUUCAACUAUGAUCAUCGAUCUUCAAUUUGA